CACCUGCUCUUGUCAGAAAGCAACAUGGCACAAGCGAUUCAACUUGAUCAAGGAAGAUUUUGCUGCUCAGUCUGUCUGGAUCUACUGAAUGAUCCAGUGACUAUUCCCUGUGGACACAGCUACUGCAUGAACUGCAUUAAGAACCACUUAGAUCAAGAGGAUCAUCAGAGGAUGUACAGCUGCCCUCAGUGCAGGCAGAUCUUCAAGUCAAGGCCUGCUGUGGUGAAAAACAACAUAUUGGCAUUUGUGUUGGAGGAGCUGAAGAAGACUACAGUCCAAGCUGCUCCUGCCGAUCACUGCUAUGCUGGACCUGAAGAUGUGGCCUGUGAUGUCUGCACUGGAAGGAAACUGAAAGCCUUCAAAUCCUGUCUUCAGUGUCUGGCUUCGUAUUGCGAGAAACACCUCCAGCCUCACUAUGAUGUAGCUCCCUUAAGGAAACACAAGCUGGUGGAAGCAAGUGCAAAGCUCCAGGAGAACAUCUGCUCUCGUCAUCAAGAGGUGAUGAAGUUGUUCUGCCGUACUGAUCAGCGUUGCAUCUGUUACCUCUGUUCGAAGGAUGACCAUAAAGGCCAUAACAAAGUCUCAGCUGCAGCAGAAAGGACUGAGAGGCAGAGAGAACUUUGGGUGACUCGUCAUAAAAUCCAGCAGAGGAUUCAGGACAAAGAGAAAACUGUGGAUUUGUUCCAUCAUGAGGAAAAUGCUGUAAAAAACUCUGCUGAUAAUGCGCUGAAAAACACUGAGAAGACCUUCACAGAACUGAUCCAUAUCAUGGAGAGAAGAGUCUCUGAUGUAAGGGAAAAGAUUAAAUCUCGGCAGAAGACUGAAAUGGGUCGUUUCAAAAAGGUUCGGGAAAAGCUGGAGCAGGAGAUCACUGAGCUGAAGAGGAAAGAUGCUGAGCUGGAGAAGCUCUCACAAACAGAGGAUCACACUCAUUUUCUAUUAAGUUACCCCUCUUUGGCAUGUCUCAGUGAAUCUAAAGACCCACCCAAACUCAAAGUGCGCCGACUGCGGUACUUUGAGAAGGUUACAGUGGCUCUGUCAGAGGCCAAAUAUAAACUGCAGGAGGUUCUUGGUGAAGAAUACGCAAAGAUCUCAAGGACGGUAAAUGAAGUGGAUGUUUUACCAUCAAAUCAACAGGCAGAGCCCACGACCAGAUCUGACUUCUUACAGUACACACGCCAAGUAACUCUGGAUCCAAACACUACAAACGCACAUCUGUCACUAUCCAAGGGGAACAGAAAGGUAACUUUCGUGCAGAAAGAACAGGAAUAUUCUUCUCAUCCAGAAAGGUUUGAAGGGUGCUGGCAGGUCCUGAGUAAAGAGAGUCUGACUGGGCGUUGUUACUGGGAGAUGGAGCGGAGCGGGAGAGGACUUUUUAUAGCAGUUGCAUACAAGGAUAUCAGCAGAGCAGGACACCUCAGUGAUUGCCUAUUUGGAUCUAAUGACAAGUCUUGGGCAUUAGAUUGUUGCCAAAAUAGCUGUCAAUUCAAGCAUAACAACAAAAAAACUCGCAUUCAACAGGAGGGGACCUCCAGAAUAGGAGUGUACCUGGAUCACAGUGCAGGUAUUCUGUCCUUCUACAGCGUCUCUGAAACCAUGACUCUCCUCCACACAGUCCAGACCAAGUUCACACAGCCUCUUUAUGCUGGACUGUGGCUUUCAGAUGAGGCUGCUGUUGAGAUGUGUUAGCUCAAGAAGACAGGAGUUAUUGAAGAGCUGAUAUCUGCUGUCAGUCAAACGGGAUGCAGGAACACUUAACCAGUAUAUGCAUGAAAAGUAAACCAUGUAAGUGAAAGUACUUAAAGCACUGCGGUGUAACUAUUGAUGGAUGUCUAAACACUCUUACUAUUGUAGAGGUAAACAAUGUGUUAUUUUAUUAACUUAGUGUACUUUUUGUUUUUACUUUUGGGGUUUUUUAAGAGACUUUUUUUUAAAGAAAUAAGAACAUUGCUUCAUUUUCUAUGUAUGUUUGUACAGUAUAUAAAUUAACAUUCUGGUAGAGCAUUGUUUAGAUUUUAAAUUCAAUUUUCAGUUUUAUUUAUAAAGUCCACAAAUCACAGUUGACUUCAGAGGGCUUUACAGCA